UUUGUUUGUCUUCUCUCUCCUGCAGAGCGCACUAUGGCCCGGCAUGAAGUGCGAGAGGUGGAGCAGAGACAGAUGAGGGACGGCCUGCGGGAAACUCCUCUAUUGCCUGAGAUUGAGGAUCUGAUCAUCAUCUAUAACCGUGUGCCCAAGACUGCCAGCACCUCCUUCACUAACAUCGCAUAUGACCUGUGUGGAAAGAACCGCUUCCAUGUCCUCCACAUCAACACCACCAAGAACAAUCCAGUCAUGUCUCUGCAGGACCAGAUGAGGUUUGUAAGGAACGUGACAUCCUGGCGAGAAAUGAAGCCAGGGUUCUACCACGGCCAUGUCUCCUACCUAGAUUUCACAAAGUUUGGAGUAAAGGGGAAGCCAGUAUACAUCAACAUCGUACGGGAUCCCAUUGAAAGAUUGGUGUCCUACUACUAUUUCCUUCGAUUUGGAGAUGACUAUCGACCAGGUCUCCGACGGAGAAAGCAAGGAGACAAAAAGACAUUUGAUGAGUGUGUGUCAUCUGGAGGCUCAGAUUGUGCUCCUGAGAAGCUUUGGUUACAGAUCCCCUUCUUCUGUGGCCAUUACUCUGAGUGCUGGAAUGUUGGCAGCAAGUGGGCUCUGGAACAGGCUAAGUAUAAUCUGGUGAACGAGUAUCUGCUGGUUGGAGUGACUGAGGAGCUGGAGGAUUUCAUCAUGAUGCUGGAAGCUGCUCUGCCACGCUUUUUCAGAGGAGCAACUGAGCUCUACCGCACAGGUAAGAAGUCUCACUUGAGGAAAACGAGUGAAAAGAAGCCUCCCACUAAAGAGUCCAUCUCGAAGCUUCAGCAGUCCAACAUCUGGAAGAUGGAGAACGAGUUCUAUGAGUUUGCUCUGGAACAGUUUCAGUUUGUGCGAGCUCACAGUGUCAGAGAAAAAGACGGCGAGCUUUACCUGCUUUCUCAGAACUUUUUUUAUGAGAAAAUCUAUCCAAAAGUAAACUAGUGCAGACAUUGGCAUAGUCCAAGUAUCGUCCGGCCCGUUCAAGUGCUAUCAUGUCACGUUCACAUGGAAAAGUACAAAGAUGCCUGAAAGUCCUGCACUUGAGGAUUUUGGAACACGUUUUUUGUUUUUUUUUUGUUUUUUUUGAAGGAACUUACUGUGAACUCUGGUAUCAAGGAACUCUUAAGUCCAUUGUCUUUUUAAUGAACUUGUGACAUCAAUAAAAAAAUCACAAUUUAUCAUGCCUUCCAAAAGAUCACGACAGGACCUCUUUGGCCACCAAUCACUGUUGUAAAAAUUCAAUUUUGAACAGGGUCAAAAGGAUAGUGCUUUUUGUACCAGACAUUUGGUACAUUACGAGCACUUCUUUAUUUUACUACUAAAUGUGGUUUUGUGAAUUCUUAACACUUUCUUGCAUUGUGUAUAUUCAUUUUUAAUUGAAUGCCAUGAACAGUGUUUGCAGACUUUAGUAAAGGUAUUGUAGCCAGAAGAUAGAAAGUGGUUUAAACACAUGCACACACGCACACACACACAUAAACACACACUCAAAAAAACACAGAUUUCAUAUAUGUACAAAUUGUAUGUAUAUUUUAUGUAUUUGGACCAAAUGGUUGUAAGAAAUUCAAAGUCUUGAAAAUAGUUAUUUAGAAAAUACACAUCUUUUUUUUUUUUUGGUGGGGGGAGAGGGGGGAUUCCACUGGUGCUUGCUUUUUCUAUUCUCGUUUUCAUUUUUUAUCACGUUUUGAAGACUAAAAUAACGAAGCAGUGGGAACAUUGAUAUCUAAGACAAACUUUCCAGUACAGAGAAUAUUUUGACCAGGUCAAAGACCAUUAGAUCUGGCCUUUUUGAUUGUGUUUUUGGAAUCGUAACAACAGGAACUGUAUUACUUUGAAGCGUAGUAGUAUUGGCUUAAUAUAACUACAUCAGACUACUACCCUGUUCGAUGGGUUAAAGAUACGAAAGAAAGGCUCAAACCAACAUUAGUUGUACUUUAAAUAGUGCCUUCAUGAAUCAUUCAUCCCAUACUGGCUCUUGCUGGUUUUCAGAUUAUUUCAGCAAUGUCUGUAUUAAAAUUUCUUUUUUUAAUAAUAGUAAUAAUCAAAAAACUGCCAUCUUUCUUUUAUAAUAGUACUUUUUUUUCCUUUUAUAUACAUUAGUCUCUAGGCAUUUCAAAUAAAAUUUGCUGUCUGUAAGAACA